UCCUGGACUUGCAGCGGCUUAGCUCAGUUGCGUGUUGGAUAUCAGCGGGUGAAGAUAGAAUAUGGCAAAAGGCAGAGUGCUUCUCACGUUGGUGGCUUAUCUUGUGGCUCUAAACCACUCGAUCCUUGGACAAGGUUGCCAGGAUAACAGUCAAAAUGAGCUGGAAGCUCAAUUUGAAAUCAUGGAAAACCAAAUAACAACGCUGAGCGAAGCCGUGAAAAAUGCCGCUUUCUCUAUAAUGGCAAUGGAAAAAACGUUCCAUGAGCUGAAGAUCAAAAUGGCAACUAUGAACACAACUAACGAGUCCACCGAUGGGUCAAAUAAAUGCUCCAAAGAGGACUUGUUCCAGUGGCUUGAGGAAUACUUGAACAACCAAAAAGUCAAUGAAACUGCCUGCACACCACCUCCUGAUGGUGGCGAUUCAAACACUGGCGAUAAAGGAGAUGUGGUUUCAGUGAUUUAUUCCUGCCGGGAAGCCAACAAAACUGGUAUUUAUACACUAAAGUUGAAUGACACGGAUGAGGUGUUUCAAGUGCUUUGUGUAACGGACUAUGAAAACGGUGGAUGGUUGGUGAUUCAGAAUAGAUUCAACGGAUCAGUAGAUUUCUACCGCAAUUGGAGUGACUACAAGAUCGGGUUCGGCGAUAUCAACGGGGAAUUUUGGUUAGGAAACGAUAAAAUACAUAAGCUGACCAAAGCCAAGGCACGAGAUAUACGCUUCCUCCUAUCGGAUUGGGAUGACAAAGUGGCCGUUGCAAAGUAUGCAGCCUUCCAGAUUGGCGAUGAAAAUCAAAAAUACUUCCUCAGAAGUCUUGGACAGUACAGUGGAACUGCCGGUGAUUCUCUCUCGAGAAAUGUCAACUCGAAGUUUACUACGCGUGACGCGGAUAAUGACUCCAGUGACGCAAACUGUGCUAAUUUGUAUUUCGGUGGCUGGUGGUAUGACAAUUGUCAUUUGGCGAAUCUGAACGGAAAAUAUGUGAAGGGGGCGAUUAGCGAGUACGCGACCAUGAUGUGUUGGAAUUCAUUCAAAGGAUUCUACUAUGGGUUGAAAACAUCGAGGAUAAUGAUUCAAUUUUGAUGUUGUGAUUACUUACGAAUGAUAAACUCAGAUUUUUUUGUUAAUGACUGAAAUGUGAUAAUAUAACAAAAUUUAUAAAUCAA